UUAAUGAGGGAGAUCAAAAGCUUGGGGCCCAACUGAAGCACAGAAUUUGUGGGGUGCAGAUUGUCCUCUUGUUAUGCUGGAGAUUAUUCUGUGCAAAGAUAAGAAAAGAAAUAGGGGAGCGCAGGUAGACCAUACUCAAGAGGUGGAAAUAGGCAGUAUGGGUGCUGAAGACACACCUCAGAGAAGCCAACCUUGUUAAAUUUUACACCAAAACACUGCCAUAAAUACAUUUAAUAUAUGUGUUAAAACAUGUAUUUAAAAAAAUCAGAAAGCGAUUUGAAGGUUAAGGGGGAGUGCCGCCUUUCGCCAUCAAGCGGAAUUACAAGUUUUCACACAUAAUUUCGUAAAAGGUAGGUCACACAGAAUUUGUAGGAACGCAGGGAUUGCGAGACUAAAAACAAAAUCUUCUUCUUCAGCCUUGCUUCAUGAUGUGGGAAUGGUGCAGGUACGUUUGGGCACACUGCCUGUCCUGACAGUUUAUACCAAGGAGCUGUAGUGGCAGCUGCAGCUCCGCCUUCUAUGAUGACAGUAAGCGGUGAGCAGCGAGCGCUGCACGUCGCUGGCAAACUGCCCAGGACAGGGCCAACACUGACUGCACGGAAUGGAAGACCACAUCUCAGGAGCAGCAAUACUCUGCACCGAGUGCCACACAACAUGAGCCUGUGCUUCUUGCUCCUGCUCUCCUUAGUAUCUAUCGCACACGAUGAAGAUGUCAUGGAACCCCAUAUUGAUGUGCAGGUGGAAGUGGAAAACUCUACUACUAUCCAUGUUAAGUGGGACUCACAUCUUCAUUCCGUAUUGCAAUGUGUUCUGGUCAUCUUCGUGAAAGGAAGCAAGGAAGAUGAGAUAUUUUUACUGCCCAGAAAUGGAAGUUUGAAGCUAACAGAUCGUAAGACUGGAACUCUUUACACUAUCAAUGUCAACUGUUUCAAUGGAGAAACGAUCCUCAAGUCUUCAAAUAUCAGCAUUGAUACAGGUGUUGCACCAAGUACUCACCCUGCGACAUCACUGUACACAACAGGACCACAAACCCAGUCGACUUCAGGCAACCAUCUGAACCAUGCCAAGUUACUCAGUUCGGAUGUACUGACGGGAGCUGUGUUCGGUUGCAUUGGGGGCAUAAUCCUGAUAUAUCUGUCCUAUUCAUUUUAUAAAAAGUGGAGAAUGGAUGAAAGACUCCGAGCAUUCUUAAGACUUCGUCGCAAUGUAGAAGUGGCCCCUUAUUUCAUUUUUGGAGAGAAUGAAGAGAAUGCUGGGUGACCUGUUCAUCGUCCUGAAGAGACUUAUGCACAAUGUAAUUUUAAUGCCUUAUUUGCACAUUCUACAAUUUGGAUUGUUAACGUCAUUUAUCCAGUUAAGCUUGUUUCACAGAACUCCACUGGGCUUUAAAACAGGAUUACAGAGUCACGGAAUACGUUCAGCACAGAAGGAGGACAUUUGUAUCUGUGUUGUUCUCUAAAGAAGUGGUUCAGUAGUGUCACUGUUCUUGUAUUCUCACCAUAACCCUGCAUUUUCUUCCUUCACAGAUAAUAAUGCAGUUUCCUGUUGAAAGCCAUGAUUGGAUCUUCCCCUACCAUGUUCCCAAGCAAUGUAUUUCAGAACCUAAACACAUGCUCUGUGAGAAAGCUUUCUCCCAUUGGUUCUUUUGCCAGUUUUUAAAAACAAGUCUGUGCCAUCUGCUUCUUGAUAUAUUCCAGUGGGAAUGAUUUCUUCUGAUUCUGUCCAAACUCAUGAUUUUUAGCAAUAUAAAGUCUUCUCUGAAAUUUUUCUUCCCCAAGAAGAACAGUCCCAAUUUUUCCAUUUAUUUCUGUAACUAAAAUUCCUCACCCCUGGAACCGUUAUUAUGAAACCCUCUUUAAUGCCUCCACAUCAUUCCUAAAUGUAUCACCCAGAGCUGGACACAAUAUUCCAGCAUAUGCAGGUUUAGCAUAGCUUCCUCGCAUUUCAACUCUAUACCCGUAUUAACAAAACCAAGGAUGCUGAAUGCUUUAUUAACUUUCUUAACUUGUCCUGUCAGCUUCAAUAAUUCCUGCACAUAAGCUGUCAGGACCGUCUGCUCCUGCACCCUCUUUAGAUUUGUAGACUUUACCUUAGUUUGUCUUUUCAUAGUCAUAAGACCACAAUGACUUACUUCAAACUUCUCUAUUAAGUUUCAUCUGCCAUUUAUGUACCCAUUCCCCAACCUGUGUCUGUCUUUUUGAUGUUCUACACUAUCCUCUUCAUGGUUAAAAAGACUGUCAAGUUUUCUAUCAGCUGCAAGUUUUGAAAUUGUACUCUACAUUCUGAUCAAGGUCUUAAAUCAGGAACCAUGAGUCUUCGGCCACUCAACUAUAAACCUUCCUAGAGUCCAAAAGUACUCAUGAAAACAACUUUCUGUUUCCAGGCACUCAGCUAAUUUCUUAUUUGUGUUGCUCCUGUCCCUUUUAUUCCAUGAUUUCUAACUUUCCUCAGAGAUCUGUUGUACAGCACUUACUCAAAAGCUGACAUAAAUAGAAAUACCUUCAUCAAACAUCUCUCUUAUCUCCCCAAAAUCACAAGCAAGUUAGCUAGCCACUAUUUCUCCCCCACAAAUCCAUGUUGGCUUUCUUAUAUUCAUCCCUAUCUGCCAAAUUUACUAUUGAUUUUGUCUCAAAUGAUAGCUUCUUCACCACUGAAGUCAAACUGACUGUCCUAUAAUCCCUUGACUUAUCUUUAUACCCAGUCUGAAGAAAGGUGUAACAUUUGCAAUUUUCCAGUCCUCUGGCACCACCUGCGGAAUCUAAGUAUGAUUGGAAAAUUGUGGCCUCUGCAAUUCCUGCUGUCACUUCUCUCAGUAUCCAGAGACGCAUUUUAGCUAGACCUGGUGCCUUAUCAACUUUACAGGUAGUACACCCAAUACCACCUCCAAUUUUAGCAUGAUCUGCAGAGCUUCUUCUUUGGUAAGGAUAGAUAAAAAGUUAAUACCUUAGCUGUACCCCUUGCUGCCAUUUGUAAAUCUCUUUUUUGUUUCCAAACUGGCCCUGCUGCCUUUUUUACCAUGUUUUCCUAAUUAUAUACCCAGAGAGACUUCUGCAUUCCCCUUUAUUUAGCUGCCCCUCUUUUAUUAUACUGUCUCUUUGCUUCUAUAGUUUUUUUUAACUUCCCUUCUAAACGUCUACACUCAGCCUGGGUCUUGGCUCUAUUAUCCAUCCGAAUUUUGACAUAACACACUUCUUUAUCUUCACCUUACUUUCUAUCUCAUUUGUCACAAGGAAACUACCUUUCCCUUAAUAUGCCUUAAUUGUGCCUGAAUGAUGUCUUCUUUAAAGGGAGCUAGUUGUUUAGUUACAGAGUCUGCCAUUCUUUGAUUCCAAUUUAUGUGGGUCACAAUGAAACACCACUUUUGUCAGAAUUCAGGGUGAAUAUUGGUUUGAGAGUCGGAUUCCUUCUUUCACUCAGGACACUACUGUGCCCUUUCUCUGCAUAGUCCUAAACUACAGCGUAACCAUACUCAUUACCGUGCAAUGCAUAAAGCUCUAAGCCUCGUGGAUAUGCUGCAUUGACACCAGCUGCUUAUUUUCAUUUUCAUUUCUUUCAAGCUCUGAUGUGUGUCUGGUCCAGUUCCUGAUUCUCUCCUCAGAUAAGCAAUGGACCCCAAGCCUAGCCUUCACUUUAUCUUCUCCCUGGUCCUUCCAAUUUCUCCCUGUUCCAUUCCAGCACUAGAUUCUCCCCUUCAGAAACAAAUCAAUUUAUUUGGUUGCAAAAGAAACAAUUGGAAAUAUUCAUGCUGGGUUUUUGAUAGCCGCCGAAAGCCUCUUUAGAUCUGUAUUUGCUCACUACAAUGCUCACAAUCCUUCUGUUUGCAGUUGCUUUCAGUCCUUUUGUGAAUCAAGACAUUCUUCGUACUGAGGGUUUUAACUUCUUAACAUUUUAUUGAAAGAGGAUUCUUUCUAUUGAGCUCUCAAGGUUGAUAAGUGACAUUUUGUAACGUGUCUACUUCUGUAACUUUGUAAAAUCAAGCUAAAUAAUAUUAUCUACUAUGAUGAGAUGGAAUUUCUAAUGGACUAAUUGUAAUGUUUCAAGUGCUAUUGUCUUAAAAAUGUGUUCAUUGAA